UAGGCGGGAGAGGGCGGCGGCGUUCGGAAAAACCAAGCGGGGCUUCACUUCUGCCGCUGCCGCCGCCGCAUAAAGUUCGAUAGAUUUCCUCCUGGUGGGGAACUAUUUCAAGGGCUCUUUGGAAGGCGUUUUUCCCGCCUCUCCGCCCCCUAAAAAGCGACUAUUCCACUGCCAUGGAGGCGCGCCGGGCAGUUGUUGCGGGGCCCGAAGCCACGGGGAGUAAAUGGCCGAGCAGGACCUGUUCGGUGCUCUGUUGCCUGGCGAUGGUUGCCUUGCUGGCGCUCCUGAUAGCCAUCGCUUGCCUGGCGCUGCGAGAUCCAGGACACGAAAAAGAGAAAAUGGAUAGUAUGGAAACCAGCAUUUUAGGAUUUUGGAGUCUUCUUGUUCUAGCCAUGUUGACUGGGCUGUCAUGUUGCAGUUUUUCCUGGACUGUUAUCUAUUUUGAUUCAUUUGAACCAGGAAUGUUUCCUCCUACUCCACUCUCACCUGCACGAUUUAAGCGACUGACGGGACACUCUUUUCACAUGGGUUAUAGUAUGGCUAUAUUGAAUGGAAUCGUGGCAGCUUUCACUAUAGCCUGGUAUCUUUUAUAAUCUGCUUUUAAAUCUGUGUUUCAGAAUAUAGCUCUUGAAACCAGCCUGGCAGCCAUUUGUACACAAUAUGGUAUUUGCUAUACUUCCCUUAUUUGUUUUGUUUAAUAUCGCUGAGGGAAAAUAUUAAAACACAUGAACUGAUGGGAUUUGACAAGGAAAGUCAACCCACGCAUUUAAGGAACCAUUUUCAGAUUCCACUUGACAGCCUCGACUAAGAAGGAAUGGCGAUGUUUAAUUCUGAAAAUCUUCCUACAAUAUUUUUGUAUACCAUUAAAUAAAUUUAAAAUAAGUUCUGUUCUUAAAUAUGCCUCAUAUAUAGCAACAACUUAUUGGGUUGUUCUUUAUACUAAGUAAUUCAAAGUGUUUUAUUUACUGGAAUUAGGUUUUUAAAAAUAUAUUAUUGAUUAACGGGGUCAUGUAUCGAGCUUAAAUUGCUUUGAUAGGUAUUUUUUUCAUUGAUAUAAUGAUUUGAAGUGGUUUUUUCCCCAUAUGUGUAUUCAAUAUGCAGUAUUAACCCUUCUGCCUUCCCAGUAUUUAUGCCUCAAAUACUUUGUAUUAGAGCUCCCAUGGACUAGAAAUUACUGAAAACAAUGUAAAUUAUUGUCUAAAUAGCUUGGUGUUCUUGGAUAAAUAAAAAUACCAAAAUAAAUUGGUAUUUUGCAGUAUUUGCAAAUAAUUAAAAAUUAAGAUACUUAUAGUUGAUCAGGCAAAAUGAAAAAAAUGAAGUCGACAUUAUUUGUAAUAAGUAAAGAUGUACAAGUAAAGAUGUUUUUAAUGAAAUGUGUUGACACAUAAAAAACCAUGUAUUUGUUGAAUUAUGAUUCUGUAUUUCUAAAAUGCUAUGGGAAAAGUUCUUGUUGCUCAUUAGAACAGCAGGAAAAUUUAAUGAGUGAUUAAGGGUUUUGUAGUGAAAUUAAUUCAGGGUAAACCUGUUUAUUCUCUUUCAACAUAAGGAAGGGUUGAAAACAUAUUUGGUUGAUACCAUUUUUUUAUGGAUGUAAGGUCUUUUCCCCUUAUACCAUAAACUCACCAAAAGUCUGUGCUAGAGAUUCAUCAACUAUCAGGAACAACAUUCAGCAGCUACAGGAACAUAUCAGUAUCUGCAGGAACUGAAAGGCCCUUUUAUCGAUUAUUCUUCCAUCAAUGAAUUUGGAUCUAAAAUGUUAGUUAAUUUCCUUCUGGUUCUUAAGCAAUGUCAUAUGAUAUCAUUACAUUUUGAUUAUACAGUA